AUGGCUGUUCUCGACUCCCUGCCUGGGAUUGAAGUUGCGGUAUGUGUUGAUGGCGAGCCAUUGAAAGAAUAUGAGAACACCGAAGAUGAGUUGAUAUUGAAUGAGCCAGAAGGACUUGGCAAGAAGUUUGAAGUCGCUAAACAUCAGCGUUCUGUGACGGUUAAAAAGUUUGUCGAAUCUACGGCCGGCAAGUUCUUUACCAUUAAAUGCACCAUCAAAAGCCCAUAUAGAUAUACAGGCGCUUGUACGCACAUUUCAUUUUUCUCUUCUAUCGAUGGCGAGAACCUGUCUUGCGCCCCUCUUUUCAACAAAGAAACAUAUGAAAAGAAUAGCUCUGGCUUGACUCGAGAGGUCGAAGGAAAUCUCUAUAAGGAGGAAGGAAAACUACUACUACAGAGAUUAAAGUUCACAGAGAUGCACUUGACUCAGUGGGAUAAUUCGAUCGAAGCAGCCAUUCGGCCUGACGGAAGCGGACGUUACGUGGGUGAAAUCGAAGUGAGAGUCUUUCGAGAAAUGUCCCCAUCAAAAACCAGUCUUGUCAGCACAGCUCCAUUAGUUAGUAAAACCGAGAUUCCAGAGAACUUGUUGAAGGGCCAAGCAAAAUCACAUAGCACAUUAUUUAGUCAGGGAGAUCUUGAAGCAUUAGGUAUUGUCGAAAGAAUGUCGGAGCCAGAGUCACCGUUUGGUUGUGGUCAUGAUUCUAGACGGCUACCUAUACCGAUGAGUGGACCUCAAGCUCCAGAGAAGUUGUUCCGGGGUACGAUGAGAGAAGCGGAGGCGGAAACGGAGGCAAAGCUAUCAAACAACAAUUCUGAUGGCGGAUCUACUUCCAAGCCACUGCCAAACACGUUUGCAUCUCCACCAAUCAAGCAAAAACUUCAAGAUUCUGGAUCUGUUAAAAAAUGUAUCGCAACAACCCCUUCAGUGCCUAUCGGCUCUUCUAAUAUCACGUCCCCAAUAAAUUCUGCAUCCUGGAAUCUUCAAGAUCUAGAUCCAACACAGACUGGACAAUUGUUUGGACAGUUCCUGCAAUACUUACAAACACAAGGAGGUGGACAGCCCUCACAAGCACCCCCGCCACUCCCAGUAGAAACCACUCCCGCGGCUCUUCCCAGCCUAUCAAAAUCCACCAGUAGCAGCGAAAUUGUCACUACAGCUACUUCGAAGCCAAAAGUCAAACGCGAGAAAGAAGGAAAUGAGAAUGAGAGUCGCAAGAGACGUCGCAAGGUUAGAGAAAAAGUUACUAUUGACCUUACAGAGGACAAUUCUGAUGAUGACGUUGUGAUUGAUCUUGAUUCGGAUUGA